AUGGAAGCUUUGCCAACGGAGAAAGAGGUGAAGAGCGCUGUGUUUGGUAUCAACAGACAACGCCGCUGGACCAGACGGGUUUUCCUCUCUAUUCUAUCAGAAUUCUUGGUGCGAGGGGUUCAUAAGCUUUUUAAUGAUGGUGAAAGGAUGUUUUAUCAAUCUAAAGGUCUGCCUGUUCCGAGCGCCUUUGUUUGCUCCGACAAAGCAUCUCCGGCAAAAGUUAAUUUGGUCUCUUUAGUAUUGGGAUUUAAGCGUGAUAAGUUGCCUAUAACUUAUCUCGUGGCGCUGCUAGCACUUGGAAAAGUGAGAUCGAUUUUGUUUGAUAGCAUCCUUGCAAAGGUUCGGGCUAGAGUUCAGGGCUGGUCUACAAAAUUCUUGUCUCCAGGGGGUAAAAUCAUCCUCAUUUGUCAUGUCCUAACAUCUAUUUCUAUUUUUUUGAUGCAAGUUCUUGCUCCACCAAAGAAUUUUUUACUUGCACUGGGCAGAGUUCUUAAUAGCUUUCUGUGGGAUUACUCCUUGGAGAGCAAAAGAAUGCACUGGAAAUCUUGGGAAGAUCUUUGUUACCCAGUGGAUGAGGGUGGUCCGGGGUUCAAAUCACUCUCGGAUCAGGUCGAUGCCCUCAGCAUGAAGUUAUGGUGGCGGCUGCAAGAAAGAAAUACUUUUUGGGCAGAAUUAAUGUUCGAAAAAUAUAUUAGCAGGGGUCAUCCUAUAGAGGUUAAUGGGAAUUGUGGGUCGCAUACGUGGAGACGAAUGUGCUCUAUCCGAGAUGCUGCUGAUCAGCAAAUGUUCAGGCAGUUAGGUUGUGGGGAUAUGGAUUUUUGGAUGGAUUGCUGGGCUCUUCAUGCCCCGCUUAUCAAUCUCAGCAUCAUGGAGGACCCGCCGCAGCUAAGAGUCCGGGAGUUGUGGCAGGGAGAUUCUUGGAAUCGAAGAGGGAUGUCAUUGGCAUCAAAUGUGAAUGCUGCGAGGAGGAGGAGAUUGUGCUGCACCUCUUCUUUGCUGCAGCCACGGAAACUUUGGGGGCUAGCAAUUUGGUGGAAAGCUCCCUUUGAAGGAAGGUAUAAAUUGAAUGCUGAUGCAAGCGUCAAGAAUGGGAGAGCAUCAGGUGGUGGUGUUAUUUGUGAUUAUCAGGGUAGGGUAGUGGUUGCUUUCGUCAAUGAGCUUGGCAGCAUGGGAGUUUUGGAGGCUGAGGCAGCUGCUUUACAGUCCGGUUUGCAAAUUUGUACUUCUAGACACUUGCAGGGAGUUGAUGCCGAGGUUGAUUCGCGGGCUCUUUCAUCAACUGGUUUCUUCUUCUGCUACCCCUAA